AAAUAUAUCAAAAAUUGAAAAUACUGCUAAUGUAUUUAUUAUAAUAGAAGAAGUAGAAACAUUAAAAAAUAAGGUUAUUGAAAAUAAUAAUAAUCAAAUAAAAAAUAACAAAUUUAAUUUAGAUAAAUUAUUAGAAACUAAAGAUCUUUUAGAUAAA